UUUCAGUUUGAAUCAGUAUGAAGGAGGAGGAUGAUCUACAGCUUAUAUUAACAUGGAGAGACCAUAAACAAGUUCUUACACUGGUUAUGGAAACUUUGCAUUACAAGGAAUUGUUCGCUGAUGUUACCCUGAUCUGCGGUGAGAAACAGUAUGCUGUUCACAAGUUUGUUCUGUGUACUUGUAGUCCAUAUUUUGAGGAGUUGCUUGAGUGUGUACCAUGUGAACAUCCAGUGUUGGUUUUAACAGAAACCUCACAUGAAACUUUGGAGGAACUGCUUGACUUUAUGUACCUGGGCCAGACAGAUUUCUGUUCCAAAGAUUUGGAUCGACUACUUGAUCUUGCAUAUGAGUUCAGAAUUAAAGGACUAAUUAGCCCCAAGGAUGAAGCAGACAGACAAAAACUUGAAAAGGAUUCAGUUAAGCAAGAGCUCUCUGAGGUUAUGCCAGAUAAAACCACCCUAUCAAAGGAACUUAAAAAGGAUUCAGUUCAGCAAGAGCUUUCCAAGGUGAUAACAGAUGACACCAAAUCAUCAAAGGGACUUAAAAGGAAUUCAGUCAAGCAAGAACCUUCUGAGGUUAUGUCAGAUAAAUCUACACACUCAGAGAUGCAGGGUGGUGGAGUCAACAUCAUUGAAGUGGAAGAAAACCUGAAGGCUUUUCAAAAUAAGCUACUGUUAUGGAAAUGCCGAACAGAAAAUGAUAAUUUUGCAAACUUUUCCCUGCUGGACGAUUGUGCGAGUGAGAUCGAAGACAUGUCUGGAAUCCGAGACAUUUCUGUACCUGGGGAACUGAAGCAAGCAAUUGCCAUGCACUUAGAUGAGCUUGCAAAGUUUCUCGAUGGAUACUUCCCCACCAGAGUCAUAUCCAGAAUGGGUGAGACAGCUGUUCACAUUCAGUGUUGCAGCAGCAGAUGUCAAUGAUGAAUACCUCGACGAAAUCAUUGAACUUCAGCAGAGCCGGGUUCAAUAGCAACUCUUCAGAGCAACAAUGCUCUCAACGUUUUGGUGUCGCCAAACUGUAGCGUUCUCUCUUAUUGCUAAGAAAGCCCUUGAGAUACUCAUGCUGUUUCUUACAAUGUAUCUUUGCGAGCAAUCCUUUUCGAAGAUGGUAGAUAUCAAAAUGAAGAAAAGGAACAGACUUUGCUGCAAAAAUGAUCUGGGAGUGGCACUUGCCAGAGUGAAGCUGUGCAUUUCUGAACUUGUCUCUGAAAGGCAACAACAAAAGUCACAUUGAUUUGCAGUUUUGAUUAAUAUCAUAUUUUGAAGAAAUCAUAUUUCAUUUUUCCAAUUAUGAAGGGUUCGGUGAAUGCUCGAAUGAAACUUGUGGGGUUCAGUACCUCCAACAAGGUUAAGAACCACUGAUAUAGAAAAAGUACAGUAUUCCAUAGUGCUCAGUUCACUUACCAGACGUUACUCAUAUGCAUUCAGUACACAUAUGAAUAGUUACUUCUAUGUACUUCAUAUAUUUAAAACAUAAUUGUCUUCCAUCUGCACAAGUAUCUAAACUAUCAGUCAAACUGAUUUUAAGAAUUAAUGCUUAAGGGUUUUCAGCUUGCCUGAUUAUGUUAGUCAUUAUAUUCUCUUCUCUUUAUUAUUAUGUUGAUAGAAUAAGCUAUCAGAAUGUCAUUCAGUUGCAUGUAGAGUUCUGAAGACUAUGUGACUAUUUUUACUAUUUUUACUGCUUAUAAUAAAAUUUCAAAAGUUAUGUUC